AAUCACCCAAACUUGAGUACUCUCUUAACACAAAGCUCAAACCACCUCUUCAUAUUUUUUUCAACUAAAAAACUCUCAAAAUUAAGAUGAAGACUACUCCAAACAUGUUUCUCCUACUCCACUUGACACUCCUCUUCCUUUCUUCCAUCUACUUCUCCACAUCAAAUGCUGAUGAUGUUGAGUUCUCCUGCAACGCCAAUGACAAAGCCACCCUCCUCAAAAUCAGAGACCAUUUCGGCGGCCCCAACGGCCGCCUUUCCGAUUGGGACAACGGUACAGACUGUUGUAGCGACUGGAGCUUCGUCGGGUGUGGUAAACCCCUACCUGGCCGAAUCACCGUCGUCACCAUCAGCCGUGGCUGGGGUCUUUCCGGUACGCUUCCAGUAGAGUUUGGCGACCUCCCUUAUCUUAACUUCCUCUCAUUAGCCGAAAUGCCGAAAGUAACUGGGCCAAUCCCUAACUCUUUUAGCAAACUCAAAAGACUACAAAAACUUGACCUUGGUUCCAACAGUCUUAGUGGGCCGAUCCCCACUUUUCUAGGCCAGUUGAAGGGCUUACAGGAGUUUGAUUUGUCUAACAACCAGUUAUCCGGUGUUAUUCCGGCGUCGUUCGGCUCCAUACCGUCUCUUUCGCAGUUUAAUGUCAGCUUUAACCAACUGUGUGGUGCUAUCCCUACUGGAUUGAGCAAGUUUGCAAAGAGUUCGUUUGAUCAUAAUAAAUGCCUUUGUGGUGCUCCUUUAGCAGCUUGCAAGUGAGGCCUACCAGCAAGUAUAUAUAAAAGUAUUAUGAAGAAUACUCCUUCUGUAAUACUCCUUUAGCAGUUUAAUAUGUUUGAGUCAUUAUGUGACAAUUUUAUUUCCAUAAAAUAAUGCAAUGUGUUCGGUAUUCCUGCAAAAAGAAUACUCCCUCUGUAAUACUACUCCUUUUAUCUUUUUUGGCAAUAUAAUAUCAUAUUAAUAAUUUUCUAAAUUUCCACAA